UUUCUGUUGUUGGCUAUCUGUCUUCCACUGGUGGAAAAUGCUUUGACCAUCCAACAAAUCGCGUACGAGCCUUUCAGAAGGAUGGACCUCAACCAUGACGGGCACGUGACCAAGGCCGAACUGCUCAUCUACUACGACGCCCAUGAUCUGAACAACGACGCCAAAGUGACCAGUACCGAAUACUACCACCACGUUGACCUUGUGUACACUGACCCUCAAGUCCAUUCUUACCUCCGUCGAGUCUUCCCCGGCCUUGACAUUGACAACAACGGCGUGCUCAACAACGCCGACUACGACGACAUGUUCGCCAUCUGUGACUUCAACAGGAACGGCAUGAUCACGGUGGACGAGUAUCAGAUAUACUUUAGGAUUAUAGCAACUUGAGUCUGUUGGUCGCUAACAAGGUGUUUGAUCAAUAAUAUAAUAAUUAAUGACUUUUUAAACAUAAUUUGUUUGUCCUAAUUUUAUGUUUUGUUUUAACGUAAAUGACGAUUAAAAUUUUGAAGCUU